AUGGCUCCAGUUGGGAUGGUCGGUGUGCUGGGUUGGUUUUCUCCAGAGGUGGGCGUCAUCUCCCUCGUCGCCUUCCUCGUCCUCAGCGUCACUCUUGUGGCUCUUUGUGCCAAGUGUAACAGGAGCAGCAGCAACGCCUAUGACGUGAGCGGAGCAGUGUAUGUUGAUGGAAGAGGAGGAGGAGGAGGAGGAUCCAAUGGAACAACUGCCACACAGUCGGGAAAUGCGUCCGGCUCAUAUCUCUGCGCUCUUGCCCAGCUGUCACCCCCGGCAUUGGUCCACCGAGCAGACACACGUAGGCGCGUAUCCGACCGACCCAACCCCCCUUUCCUCCGGCAGACCGACGAGCCCGGCGAGCGGCAGGACUACCAGGCAGCGACGACCCGCAGCUGCAGCUCUGAGCGGAGUACUUCCCCCCGACGGAGGAGGUGUCACACUGUGCCGAGUCCCUCAGUGUGCGCGGCAGCACCAAUGGCAGCUACGGGACCCGAGGACAGAGCUGGACCGGGGCCAGACGGGACGGCGGCCUGCCCGGUGGGACGGCAGGCAUGCGUCUCUAAGACAAAGCAGGGCAGCAACGGGCCUGGCGUGCAACACGCUCUGGUGUACGGACAGAGCUGCGUCCAGGCUGAGAGCGGCCGUUACAAGAGCAACCUGGCUGCUCCGCUGCCAGUGGGACCCACAAUGCACCUCGUCACCGCGCAGGCGCCAUACAGCUUUCGCAGCCCGGAGUCGGUGGAGAUGGAUGAGAUCAUGGCAGCCAUGGUCCUGACCAGUCUGUCCUGCAGCCCCGUGGUUCAGAGCUCUCCACAAACAGAUCCUGGACCUGCUGGCUCAUCAUCCUCACCCGCUGACAUGGAGUGCGGCGGAGGCGAGCUCUCAGACAGCGGCAGCAGUGGCUACUGGAGCUGGGACCACGGCAACGUCAGCCCGGCGCCCUCGCCGUCCGUCACCGAGAUGGACAGCAGCCCCGACGAAGGCUUGCACAUGGAGCUGGAGCAGGGGGAGGAGCUCGCUGCCAAAAAACCAAAGAGCUCCGUCAGAAGUGUGUACAGAUGCCUGUGGCCCAGCUGUGGCAAAGUCCUCACGUCUUCAGUCGGCAUAAAAAGACACAUCCGUGUGCUGCAUCUGGGCAGUGGGUCAGACCAGUCCCAGCGAGAGGAGGACUUCUACUACACCAAGAUAUCCUGUGACACUGUCGACCCCAGCUCCGGUCCAGCUCCAGCCCAGCAGGCUCUGGGCCAGGCCUCGUCCUCUCAUCUCAGCUGGGCGUCCUGUGGUUCUCCUCCAGGCUCAGAGCUCCUCCCAGCUCACAGACCCAGGUCCAACUCCAGCUCUGGGCCAGGCCUGAGCAGGCCCAGUCAGCUCAGUCAGUCGGCCCCCAGCAGCUUCUGGCAGAUUCACUCGGAGCACCUCUAUCAGGCCUGCAGCCCUGUCCUGUCUGUGGCCCCCAGAAGCCCUGGCAGUCAUGGCUGGACCGCCUCCACCCCUGGCCUCAGCCACAGUAACACUCCGAUGGUGAAACCUCGCUGUCGGUCCGUCAGCGUCGGAGAACAAUGGCUCCAGCAGAACAGGCUGCAGCCAAUGAGUGUGUCGCCCUCCUGCACUCACUGCUCCUUCAGGAAGGGCCGCGGGGAGGCCAAGAAGUGCCGCAAGGUGUACGGGGUGGAGCGCAAGGAUCAGUGGUGCACCGCCUGCCGCUGGAAAAAGGCCUGCCAGCGCUUCCCGGACUAGAAGCAGCCGAGGCCAUGGCGAGAGAGAAAGAGCGUGAGAGACGUGGAUGGACGGAUGGAUGCGUUACAACAAGAGACUUUUAUCAAAAAGAGAAUAUAAAUCAGGGCCCGAGAGCCAUCAGCUGUUUUACAUGUGUGUGUUUUUUUACUUUCAACUUGUUUCGUUUCUUUCCUAAAGGAAUGCUUCUGGACUUUUUCUGUAUCUUUGUAUCUUGAUCCUGAAAACUGAAGUCUGCGAUGGUGCUAACUGUUGACUGACUUUGACCUACGUGAUGUGCUAAGCCUACAAUACUCUUUAUCCAAAGGUCAUAUUACUUACUCCUGUAGCUCCACUCUAUUAGACUUGGCUGUUUUUGUUAUUCCGAUCUUCUCUUCCAGUGGUGACACAGUGGUUAUGAUGUACAUUAUAUUGUGUGCUCUGAGUUACGUACGAGUAUUUUAUACCGUUUUUUUAAUUAUAAUUAUUUUAAUCGUCUGGUUCAGCCCAUGAAUUGGGCAGAUAUUUUUUUUUUUAUUAUUUUCAUUUUUUGGCACUUUGUUGGAAUAUAAACUCACGAGAAUAAGCUAAAAAUUCUUUCCAUGAAAUGGAUUUCCUUCCUGCCCGUGUGUUGGCGUACGACCAGUGUUAAUGGCUCUGUUCCUUGAAGCCGUCACGGCAAUGGGACGAGCGUGAGGGGAACGAGUUUGCAAUAGCAAUAAAAAAAAGAGGAAAUAUAUUGUCAAACACAUUAAAAAGCACUGAGAAUUUGA